UAUUUGUUUUGAAAAUACAAAUUGGCGACUUGGAUCUCUACUCUAACUUGGAUGGGAUAACUCGAAAAACUGGAAAAAGGCCGUAUUUCUAUCCCUCUCUCUCUUUAUCUCUCUGUUUCUCUGUUUCUGCUGGAUUAUCUGGCUCUCCAUCGGCCCAAGCCCGACCCACCCACCGCCCGCCCAGGGCAUCUGUGACCACUGGGUGUGUGCCUCAAAUUCCACGGGUGACGGGUGUGCGCCAUGCAAUUGCUCAAGCCGCAUUGGAUCUCGGACGAGACGUACCCCAUUUUCAGUAUCGAUGUCCAUCCGGAUGGUAGCCGCUUUGCCACGGGCGGACAGGGCAAAGACUCGGGCCGCAUCUCUAUCUGGAACCUGCGGCCCGUGUUGAGUCAGGCCGCAGCCGAGGAUCCCAGCAUCCCCAAACUCCUGACCCAGAUGGACCAUCACUUGGGGUGUGUCAAUUGCUUGCGAUGGUCGCAUUCGGGCCAUUUAUUGGCCUCGGGCGGCGACGACAAAUUGGUCAUGAUCUGGAAGAAAUCCCCUUACGGCGGGGGCGGGGCCAUCUUCGGCGAGGCCAAUCGAGUCAAUGUGGAAAGUUGGCGCUUGGUUCACACUCUGCGCAGUCAUGACGGGGACAUCUUGGAUCUAGCUUGGGCCCCGCGGGACGCGCUCUUAGCCACUGCCAGCGUGGAUAACACGAUCAUCGUUUGGAAUGGCGAGGACCUCUCCGAGUCCUUGGUCCGUUUGAAAGGCCACACGGGCUUGGUCAAGGGGGUGGUGUUCGACCCGGUGGGCAAAUAUCUGGCCAGUCAAUCUGAUGACCGGAGUUUGCGCGUAUGGCGAUUAAGUGACUGGAAACAGGAGACGGUCAUCAAAGAGCCUUUCAAAGAAUGCGGUGCCACCACGCACGUUCUUAGACCGGGUUGGUCGCCAGAUGGCACCAUGAUUGUCUCGGCCCACGCCAUGAAUGGCGGCGGGCCCACCGCUCAAAUCAUCGAGCGAGGCAAGAAAUGGACGGCCCAUAAGGACUUUGUGGGCCACAAGAAGGCCAUCUCGUGUGUGCGAUUCAACGGUAAGAUCUUUGAAAAGACCAAGAAGAAUGGUAAGACCGAGAUGUUUGUCAUGGCGGCCUUGGGAUCGCGAGAUCGGAGCUUCUCGGUGUGGUGUACCAACUUGAAACGACCUCUCUGUGUAAUUGGUGACAUCUUUGACCAAUCCGUGCUCGAUUUAUCCUGGAGCAAAGACGGGAAAGUGCUCUUGGCCUGCUCCAUGGACGGAUCGGUGGCCGCGGCCAUCUUCAAAAAUGACGAAAUCGGCACCCCUGUCCCCGAGGAUCGAGUGGCUCAGCUCAUGUCCGUUCAGUACGGCAAACAAUUCGGACAGACCCUCGUCCGAAAAAAGCCCACCAAUGGCAGUGUGUUCGUCGAGAAUCCCGAGCUUCUGCUCAAGCAGCAAUCCAACCUCUCGGCCGUCUCAACUAGCAACAAGGAGCUGCCUAAAACGCCGGUCAAGCCCCGAGGUCCCAUGGACAAGCAGAUCGAGGCUCGAACCGUGGACGGGAAGCGUCGGAUCACGCCCAUCUUCAUCCCGCCGCCAUCGGCCGAAACUCUGGAGCAAUCCCAGCCAUUUGGAUCCGGGCAAUUCGGCAGUUUCUCGACCCAACAAAAGUCCAAGAUCGAGAUCGAGAAACGUGAGGAUAUUGUCAAACCCAAUGUGAGUCCGGACAAGUCCGAGGACUCGGAUCAUACCAAUGUGCUCGUCCCUAAAUCUAAAUCCUCACCGGGGCCGGGGCCAAAGGGCCCAGAUGCCAGCAAGACGGAAGAGUCUGCGGUUCCCUCGAAGACGAAUGACCCUUCGGACGAUAACGAACCGCCCGUCAAUGUCAUGCAGGUCAGGCGGAAGCCCAGUCGACCCAUUGUAGACUCUUCGGACGAAGAUGAACCGCCCAAGGAGCCCCCUAAAACCAAUUCUUCUCAACCCGAACCGACCGUGAGUCCCCCGGCUCGAAAACUCGAACCCUCCAAAAAAACCCGAGACCGUCCUGAACUGAUGAAUUUGAAACGCGGUAAGAACUUUCCGGAGACUGAGGCACCUUCUGACGAGACUUCGGCUCGUCUCAAAAAACGAGCUCGAAUCUCAUCCAGGACCGAGUGUGUCCCUCAUCGAGAAGAUACGGAGUUUAGUGCCUUGGCCACGCCUUCCGACAGUCAAAUGGGCGAUUGUUCUCCGGAGACGGGCGUGCCCGUGAAAUCCAUCCUCCUGCCUAGGAAGAAGCUUGACAAGAAGCAAACGUUUCACUUCGAUAUGAACGGCGAGAAAUACAUUGUGUACGUAGAGAACCACGUCCACACUGUCCCAUCGGGUACGCUCAAUUAUGUCCGAGGGGAAUUCGACCACAAAGAAUGGGAAAUCCUACUACCCUCGGCCAUUUGCGCCAUGGAGUUCUCGCACACCCUCCUGAUCAUCUCGUGCGAGGAUCAAUCCAUCAAUCUGUUUUCGGCCUUUGGCACGCGAAUGGCUCCGCCCAUCAUGGUUCCGGGUGGAACCCUCUUGUCUGCCACGUCCAAGAAUCUCUUCGCCAUAGUGACCUGUGCCGCCAAAAUGUUCUUGUGGAAAGUGUCGGAAACCGGAUUGAGGGUCGAGUUUCGCAACGAAUGUCUCGCCUCCAUUCUCGAAGGCCGGACGGCCAAUUCCAUCAGUAAACUGACCUUCUCGGACAAUGAGCAGCCCGUGAUUGUGAGCAAGGCUGGGUCAGCCUUCAUCUUUUCGCGUGAUCUCGGAUCUUGGGUUCGAGUGGGCAGUUCUCGGCAAGGCCUCCAAUCGAUCUCAUCCUAUUCCUGUCAUGUGCCGCAUUUAGACCAAGACAAGCCCAAUAAGACGCCCCUGGCUGUGAUCAACGCCCUCACGCCCACUCCGGCUCACGUGGACGAGGUGGGCGUGGAGAUCCAAGUGAAGGCCAACAUUUCGUUCUGCGAAUCCCAAAAGAUGGCCGCUUUAUUUCUGCGAUCCCCCGAGGAAUAUCGCUAUUGGCUUGUGAGGGAAGUGCUCCACCUGUCUAAAUUGGAGAACACUGACCGUCUCCGAAAUCUCUUCGACGAUUUGUUGGGUCCGGGUGGAAAUCCUGCUGGCACGAGCACCACGUGGGAGCCCAAAAUCCUGGACGUGGAGAAGAGGAAAUUGCUCAAAUUCGCAUUGAAGGUGAUUGCGUCCAAUCCGCAAUUGCAGCGCCUUCACAUGGAAUACCAAAGUCAGAUCUCGAGCGACAUUGAACAGAGUAAGGACGAGGUUUCCCAGCUCCUCGGGUUGUAAUUUCUUAAAACACAACAACACAAGUCGUUCACAUCUCGUAUCUUUUGGACAUAAAAAUGGAAUUUCUAUUAGCACAUA